AUGGCCGACAAUUUCUUCGACGGAACUUGGAGUGAUUUCUAUGACGAUCCUGCCUUGCUCAGCUUUGCGGCCCUCGGCCUGCCUCUCGAAUCUCCGUCGCCUCCUCAACGCAUACACAUGCCACCAGCCGAUUCCUCUUCUCGGCUCGAGCCGCAGGCAGCACAUAAUGCGAGAUUUCGCCCUAGUCCCAGGGAUCGAUCUGCACCGUUUGGGAGUGGGGUGGUCCGGGAAGCAUCAGCCUUGCCGUCCGAAGAUCUCGGCAGCUGGUCUGUGCCUGGACCCACUCGGCCCGCCUCCAAUAGGCGACCGACACCGGCAGCCUCUCGGCGUCCCGAGCUUUCUCGCAACAAUGCAUCACGGAGAAGAGUCGAGGACCAAACACCUUCGCCUCGCGCUCCCGCUUGCCCCACUUUCCCUCCACCUUCCAACUUGAAUCCCAUUGCACUCUCCUCUGCGGUUACCGCGCACGGCCACCCAAAUUCCCAACGAAGCCUCGUCGACAACUUUCCCACCGCAAGACUCCCUCGCAACGUUCCACCCGUUUCAUCCCGCCGCCGAAGCCCGCGCCAGGACUAUAUCGCGUCCUUCGCGACCGCCACCGCCGCCGAUUUCCCACGGCAACCUGCCACACCACCAUUGUUCAAAGACCCCGUGCUCCGACCGCCAAUUAUGUCUUCGAAUACGCGGAGAAGGAGCGUGCGUCCUGGCGACUUGACAAUGCCCACCCCGCCGAGCCUGGCCGCCCAGAUGUCGAUGCCCGCACCGAGGACCACCCGCCGGAGCACGUCACAAUCCGUUCAGCCAGAGCAAGGCGCCUCCAGCAGCAAGCGCAAGCGAGAAUCCGACCUUGUCAACGACCUCUUCGGAGAUGGCCCUUUUGACGACCAGCAAGUGGUGGAUUUAGUCGACAAAGACGAAGUCCCAUCCGAAAUCCUCAAUAGCCAAGAGAAGAAGAAUUACACUAGAAUGAGCACUUUUGAUUGUGUCAUUUGCAUGGACAGCGUCAAGGAUUUGACUGUUACCCAUUGUGGCCACCUAUUCUGUUCUGCGUGUCUUCAUUCUGCCCUCAACAUGGACCCAAACCGACGAAUCUGCCCCAUAUGUCGCCAGAAAAUCGAUAAGAUGCCCAUCAACGGUAGCAAAUUCGGACAAAAAGCAAAGGGCUAUUAUUCCUUGGAGCUCAAGCUGCUGACCAGGAAGAGCCUGGGAGCGAAAGCCGAAUAG